UCUUCAGAAAGUCAAUUUACGUUCAGAUUGUGCUUUCACGGUAACUCACCAACUUCUUGACCCUGGUUUAGCUGCCUGUUGGUCAACAUUAAAUCAAAUAUGUCAGACAAAACGGAAGUUAAUCUAACUGGAGUGAAACAAAGUAACGGCGUGUGGCUUGUUAAGGUUCCUAAAUACUUAUCUCAACAGUGGGAGAAAGCCACAGAAAAGGGAGAAGUUGGAAAGAUAACCAUCGGAAAAAAGCACGGCAAAACAGAGGUACGUUUCAGCCUUAAUGAGGAUCUGACUGCCCUGGGCGAUGUGGGGGAGAAGAAUACAUCGUUGAAGGUCCCGAGAGAUCAUCCAUUCACUAUGCAUUCCGUGGGCGGACAGACCAUGGCUGCCUUUAGCCAGAGCGACACAGAUGGAAUCAGUCUGGAGGGGAUGGUGGUGCACAGAGCUGAAUGCAGACCAGUCGUCAAUGACAACUAUAUGAAGCUGAAGAAGUUGCAGAUAACAGAGUCCACCAAGCCUCAGCGAGUGUCACAGCAGCUUGAGAGAGCUAUCACUACCAUCUUCAAGCCUGUGGCCAACCAUGAUUUCAACCUGGAGCAUGAAAAGAAAAAGAAGUCUGAGGGGAAGAUGGUGCGAGCCGAGCGACAGGUUGUCUUGGACAUGCUUUUCUCCGCCUUUGAGAAGCAUCAAUAUUACAACAUUAAGGACUUGGUGGACAUAACCAAACAACCUGUGACCUACCUGAAAGACAUCAUGAGAGACAUCGGGACUUACAACAGUAAGGGCGCUCACAAAAGCACCUGGGAGCUGAAGCCUGAGUACAGACACUACCAGUCUGCAGAGGAAGAGGAAGAGAUGCAGACUGCCUAGAUCCAGCAAGUUCCUCUCGAGCCAGGUACCUCAUGCUGGUCUUCAUGGGAGUUCUUUCCUAAAAUGUUCCUAGGCUUCCAACUGUUUCAUAUUUGUUAGGAAGUUAAAUUUCUUUCAAUGACUUCCUGAACAUAUGUAUGUAAAAAAAGAAAAUAGUAUUUAUCACAAGUCUUAGGUGGUGCGUGAUUUUUGUUUGUGUCAUGAUUUUUAUUUGAUAAUUAUCACAGGGUGGGACAGAAUGCUGUGUAAGCUAGCAUGCUGUGAAUAAAUAACAAUGUUAAAUUAAAGAAGUCAAAGAAAUAGAA